UAUUCCCAUAUCUUAAUACAACACAAUAUCAUUUCUUUCAUCUCUAUAGAUUCCACUUGUCAACAUCGUCCAUUUUCUUUUCCAUGUUUUAUUCUUUCUUCGCAAUGGCCCCUACAAAACACUAUGUUUUCCUCUGUUUCACCGCCUUAUGCAUAAUCCUCCUGUUUUUUAGGCCCGUUCUUGCUCAUGACCGGCCCGUUUUCGCUUGUGACGUGGAGACCAAUCCCGAGCUAAAGAACCUGAGCUUCUGUGACACGUCAUUGGACGUGCAAGCCCGGGUUAGCGAUCUCGUGAGCAGGCUAACUCUACACGAGAAAAUUGGGUGGCUGGUGCAUGGUGCUAAGGGAGUUAGCCGGCUCGGGAUACCCUACUACGAGUUUUGGUCGGAAGCUUUGCACGGCAUCUCCAUUAUCGGACCGGGCUCCCAUUUCACCAGCCUAGUCCCAGGUGCCACUAGCUUUCCUCAGGUCAUCCUCACCGCUGCCACAUUCAACGAAACUCUAUUUGAGACUAUUGGGAAGGUGGUAUCGACGGAAGCAAGAGCAAUGUACAACGUGAGGUUAGCUGGGCUGACAUUCUGGGCGCCCAAUGUGAACAUCUUCCGCGAUCCCAGAUGGGGGCGGGGCCACGAGACUCCCGGAGAAGACCCCGUCCUCACCAGCAAAUACGCCACUGCCUUUGUCAGAGGUCUGCAGCAGAGAGACGACGGCGAUAAGGAUAAGCUAAAGGUUGCUGCUUGCUGUAAGCAGUACACUGCUUAUGAUGUCGAGAAUUGGAAAGGGAUACAACGAUUCACUUUCAACGCUUUGGUAACGCAACAGGAUUUCGACGACACCUUCCAGCCGCCCUUCAAGAGCUGUGUUGUCGACGGAAAUGCGGCAAGCGUGAUGUGCUCUUACAAUCAAGUUAAUGGCAAGCCCACUUGCGGUGACCCGAACCUCUUGACUGGUGUGAUUCGAGGCCAGUGGAAAUUGAAUGGCUACAUCGUUUCAGAUUGUGAUUCGCUAAAGGAGAUGUUCUAUACACAAAAAUACACUAAAACACCAGAGGAAACGGCUGCCUUGGCUGUGAAUUCAGGGUUGGAUCUCAACUGUGGCGCUUUCUUGACUAGAAACACUCAAAAAGCAGUGGACCGUGGCCUGCUCAAUGAGUCAACAAUCGACAGGGCCGUCUCAAACAACUUUGCAACCAUGAUGAGAUUGGGAUUCUUCGAUGGUAACCCGAGCAACCAACUCUACGGAAACCUCGGACCUAAUGAUGUGUGCACUUCGGAAAACCAGAAUCUUGCUCGUGAGGCUGCGCGAGAAGGCAUCGUGCUGCUUAAGAACUCCGCAGGCUCACUUCCUCUAUCCUCUACAUCCAUCAAGUUGUUGGCAGUUAUUGGCCCAAAUGCUAAUGCCACACACACUAUGUUAGGCAACUAUGUAGGCAUUCCGUGCAACUACACGUCCCCAUUGCAGGGCCUAAUGGUCUCCGUAGCCACGGUUUAUGAGCCCGGGUGUGUUAACACGUCGUGUGCUACUGCUCAAGUGGACGAGGCCAAGACAGUAGCCGCGGCUGCUGAUACUGUGGUGCUGGUGAUGGGCUCGGAUCUAAGCAUUGAGAGGGAGGGCUUCGACAGAGUGAACAUCACUCUUCCCGGGCAGCAGCAACUCUUGGUAUCCGAGGUUGCGAGUGUUUCGAAGGGGCCUGUGAUCCUUGUGAUAAUGUCGGGAGGAGGGAUGGAUGUGCAGUUUGCCAAAGACGACCCCAAGAUCACCAGCAUCCUCUGGGUUGGCUUCCCCGGGGAGGCUGGUGGGGCCGCCAUCGCUGAUGUUAUAUUCGGCGCCUAUAACCCUAGUGGGAGACUGCCUAUGACAUGGUAUCCACAAUCAUAUGCUGACACAGUUGACAUGGCAGAUAUGAACAUGAGGCCCAAUCCGACCACGGGUUUCCCCGGCCGGACUUACCGGUUUUACAAGGGGCCUACCGUCUUUUCAUUCGGAGAUGGACUGAGUUACACCACCUUUAAUUAUGAGUUACUCGCGACACCUAAGCACAUUUCUUUGGCGCUAGAAGAAGGGCAUGCUUGUCGAUCAUCGGAGUGCAAGUCGAUCGAUGUUGUGGAGGAAAUCUGCAAGGAUUUGGGAUUGGAUAUUCAUCUGAGAGUGAAGAAUGAGGGGGAGAUGAGAGGGAGUCACACAGUUUUCUUAUUUUCUAGCCCUCCGCAACUGCACAAUGCACCUCAGAAACAACUCUUGGGAUUUCAGAAACUGCAUCUCGAGGCUGGGGGAGAAGGGCUAGCUCAAUUCGACGUUGAUGUUUGUAAGCAUUUGAGCGUUGUGGAUGAGAAUGGGAAGAGGAAGGUUGUAUUGGGAGAUCAUCUACUUCAUGUGGGGAGCUUGAAGCAUUCGUUGACAGUCGAUUUUCCCCUUCAAAUAAGAAUUCUUAUUUGAAGGAAUUCUUAUUCGGGGUACAUUUCCCCUUCCUUUUUGUUUUAUUAUGAUUAUUUGCAAGAAGAAAUAACUCAGAAGGAUGUCGGUUUUCUCUGUUGUAAUCUUUCUUUUCAGAAAGGGGAAAAUAAAUUGAAGGGAGGGGAAAUGGCAAGAGAUAAGGAAAAUAAAGUGAAGAUCACAGCUGUAAAAAGUUUCUUCUUGCUUUGAUUCUUUUAAUGGAAAUGCCAUUUUUCAUA